CUGGACACAGCCCGUCGCGCUGAGGGCGUGGGACUGGGAGCGCCGAACGCCAGGGUCCGAGCAGAACUGCGCCCUGCCUUCCUGGAGCCAGCCUCCGGUCUCCCCGGGAAACGGACACGGCAAGCAGGGCCAGGGCUCGGGACAGCCAGGCGGCCAGGGUGCAGCGCGCGGGUUCCCGUGCGGACCUGCUCGCACCUCGCCGUUCGACCACCUCCGCUCCGUCUUCCGCCCUUAGCCGGGACCCCGCCCGGAAGGGGCGCCCCUUCCCGGCCUCUGGGCCCCCGCUCCGCUCCGGGGCUCUCUGCUGACGCCGGGGCCCAGCCUAGCUGCACCUGGACUGCUCCCGCCCGGGGCGCCACCCCUCGCGCCGCCUGGAGAACUUUCCCGGGAGCCGCCGCGGCCUGCACGCGCAGGGCACACCCCCAUCCGCCCGCCGGCGCAUUCCCAGCUUGGGCUCCCGCUUCUCCGCCGGCCGGCGCGCCCGCAAGCUCUCUGACUCCCCGCUUCUCAGAAUCUCCCGGAGGAGCAGCGCUCCGCCGCCACAGCAAGGCGUUCUCGGAGAGCGAGCUUGAACUUGGCCACACACAGUCCCCCAUGAUGAGUUCCAGGGUCUCCAAACGGGAGCCGCGCCCCACCAAGAGCUGACUUGCACUCGCCAGUGUCGGACUGCGGGAGGGGCCGCGGCGCCCCCGCCUUCGGAGGAGCCCGAGCCGCGGGAUGCGCGGGGACGCGCCGCCGCCCUCCGCGCUCAGUUCCGCCGGCGCUUCCCCGGCGGCUCCCGGGCGCUGACUCCCCCGGCUUCUCCGCGCUCCUUACCUCCAGCUGGCGCCGGGCGGCUCGUCCGCGUGGCCCUGGACCCCACCGGGAACCGCUCCUCUCGCCCUGCCCGCCGCGCGGACAGUAAAUUAAUGCCUCGCGCUUGAGGGGAGGGGGCGGCUCGGCGCCUUGGUCGCAGCUUUCCCUCCUGGCUGGAGACGGCCACAGCCGACAUGGGCUGCUUCUGCGCUGUUCCGGAAGAAUUUUACUGCGAAGUUUUGCUUCUGAAUGAAUCCAAGUUAACCCUCACCACCCAGCAGCAGGGCAUCAAGAAGUCAACGAAAGGUUCUGUUGUCCUUGACCACGUAUUCCGUCACAUAAACCUUGUGGAGAUAGAUUAUUUUGGGCUGCGUUACUGUGACAGAAGCCAUCAGACAUAUUGGCUGGAUCCUGCAAAAACCCUUGCCGAACACAAAGAACUGAUCAACACUGGACCUCCAUAUACUUUGUAUUUUGGUAUUAAAUUCUAUGCUGAAGAUCCAUGUAAGCUUAAAGAAGAAAUAACCAGAUACCAGUUUUUCUUGCAGGUGAAGCAAGAUGUCCUUCAGGGCCGGCUGCCUUGCCCUGUCAACAUUGCUGCUCAGCUGGGAGCAUAUGCCAUCCAGUCUGAGCUUGGAGAUUACGACCCAUAUAAGCAUACUGCAGGCUAUGUGUCAGAGUACCGGUUUGUUCCUGAUCAGAAGGAGGAACUCGAGGAAGCCAUAGAAAGGAUUCAUAAAACUUUAAUGGGUCAGGCUCCUUCUGAAGCAGAGCUGAAUUACUUGAGGACUGCCAAAUCCCUGGAGAUGUAUGGCGUUGACCUCCAUCCUGUCUAUGGGGAAAACAAAUCUGAGUAUUUCUUAGGAUUAACUCCAGUUGGUGUUGUUGUCUACAAGAAUAAAAAGCAAGUGGGGAAGUAUUUCUGGCCACGGAUUACAAAGGUUCAUUUCAAGGAGACACAGUUUGAACUCAGAGUGCUGGGAAAAGAUUGCAAUGAAACCUCAUUCUUUUUUGAAGCUCGAAGUAAGACUGCUUGCAAGCAUCUUUGGAAGUGCAGUGUAGAACAUCAUACAUUUUUUAGAAUGCCAGAAAAUGAAUCAAAUUCAUUGUCAAGAAAACUCAGCAAGUUUGGAUCCAUGAGUUCUAAGCACCGGUAUAGUGGCAGGACAGCAUUGCAAAUGAGUCGAGAUCUUUCUAUUCAACUUCCUCGGCCAGAUCAGAAUGUGGCAAGAAGUCGAAGCAAGACUUACCCAAAGAGAAUAGCACAAACACAGCCAGCUGGAUCAAACAGCAUAAAUCGGGUAACAGCAAACGUGGAAAAUGGAGAAAAUGAAGGAACGACUAAAAUUAUUGCACCUUCACCAAUAAAAAGCUUUAAGAAAGUAAAGAAUGAAAAUAGCCCUGAUACGCAAAGAAGCAAAUCUCACGCACCAUGGGAAGAAAACGGCCCCCAGAGUGGACUCUACAACUCUCCCAAUGACCGCGUGAAAUCCCCGAAGUUCCCUUACACGCGCCACCGAAACCCCUCCUGUGGGAGCGAUGACUCCGUACAGCCAACGAGGAGGAGGAAAGCCCAUAACAGUGGUGAAGACUCAGAUCUAAAGCAAAGGAGGAGGUCACGCUCACGCUGUAACACGAGCAGUGGGAGUGAAUCAGAAAAUUCUAAUAGAGAACACCGGAAAAAGAGAAACAGAAUACGGCAGGAGAAUGAUAUGGUUGAUUCAGCGCCUCAGUGGGAAGCUGUAUUAAGGAGACAAAAGGAAAAAAAUCAGGCAGACCCCAACAACAGACGAUCCAGACAUAGAUCUCGCUCGAGGAGCCCUGAUAUCCAAGCAAAAGAAGAGUUGUGGAAGCAUAUUCAAAAGGAACUUGUGGAUCCUUCUGGAUUGUCUGAAGAACAAUUAAAAGAGAUUCCAUAUACUAAAGUAGAGACUCAAGGUGACCCAGUCCGCAUCAGGCAUUCCCAUUCGCCGCGAAGUUACCGCCAGUAUCGCCGGUCCCAGUGUUCAGAUGGAGAGCGAUCUGUUCUCUCAGAGGUGAAUUCAAAAACGGAUCUUGUACCUCCACUCCCUGUGACCCGUUCUUCAGAUGCUCAGGGUUCUGGUGGCUCCACGGUUCAUCAGAGAAGAAAUGGAUCUAAAGAUAGCCUGAUUGAAGAAAAAUCUCAGACAUCUACAAGCAAUCUAGCUGGAAAACACACGGCAAAAACAGUCAAAACUGUCCAAGCUUCACGCCUCAAGAUAGAGACUUGACGAUGCCCAGGAAGAGGGGCCUGGGGUUGGGGGUGGGAGGGGCGUGUGCCACCUGUACUUUCAAGCUGUGAAUUGUUAAUUAUUCAAGUAUCUUGGACCUGCAAGUGCUUCUUCGGGGGAAAAAAAAAUCCAACCUGUUGCGUCUUUUAAAGGUUUAACAGCAUUAUUUGUGCUGAAGGGCCUUUUUUUUUUUUUGGUAACUGGAAUAGUCUUGUGAAAACUCAUUCACUGGAUGCCCUAUUUUCCCUCCUGGAGACUCCAAGUAUCUUGUGUCCACGACCAAGACCAGAUGCUUCCCAUCAGAGCUCUGGCAUCCGGGUGUGCAGCUGCCUAGCUGUGCAACAGCACGCGAGUGGACGAAAAGGUCCUUCCCACCUCUAGCUGGAUCUCAGCCUGUGCACAGAUGUAUGAAGACGGGAGACCUCACUUGCAGACUGCAGAUGUUUUCAUUCAUAUAAAUAUGUUCUUUGUAAGACUGUAUUUUGUGGUGUUAAGUUCCACUGGUUAUUUACAAAUGUAAAAAGCUUUUAAGUGUUGCUUUUAAUUUCUAGUGUCCUUGUGUUUUCAGAAAACAGACUGUGUGGAUUUCAGUUGACCUCAGCUUAUGAAUUCACGACCCUCAACCACAAAUGGUCCCUCCAUCCUGCCUAGCUACCGAACUCCCCCAAAGAUGAAUUCAUUUGAGGGUGACUAUCACAGGGAAAGUCAAGUACUCACGCAGGACAUCUCACCACCUCCCUCCCACCACCUCCUCCAGAGCUGCCACCAACACUACCCGUCCCCACACCCAUGCUCUGGAGCCCGGUCUCCUUUGGCCUUAGCUCUGUCACCUUACUCAUCUCCGCUAGAUCCUUGCGACUUGGUUUAAACUGUUAACUCUCCCACCAACUUUCACAACCACAAAUCCCUCCCCAGUUCUCUUUCUUCAAGUUUCUCAAAAGGGUUAUCGGUAGCCUGUGUCCUCAAUCCAUCUCCUAAUCUUGAUUUUAAACUGCUAAGAUUCUCCCCCACUGCUCCACUACAGACCUCACUAAAACUACUUUGUGUACCAAAUCCCAAGGGUAACUUUUAGGCUGCCUUGCAACAUUUUUAGUGCAGUAUUCCAUUGUUUUCUACAUUUCUCGCCAUCCUUUACUGCUCUUCAGUAAGACGCUAUUCUACCUCGCCAAUUUCUAACUCAAAAGCUCAGUCCUCUCCCUCUAGGUGGAUCUCAUUUAUGCCCAUAGCCUUAAAGUAUUCCUAUAGCUUAGUCUAUAGAUCAGUGUUCUGCCAGAAAGCCACUUAAGAUGUCUCCAAGGCAAUCCCAAUUCAACUAGUUUAAAAUGCUGCUCUCUAGCUGGAUUUAGGACCAUUAUGCUUGUGAAUGUGCAAGAGACCACACACCUAGCAGUCGUUAUAGACACCUCCCCUAUUACCAAGUCCUGUGAGCUUUGCCCUCUACAGGUAAUAAUCUCCACAAAUUUUACCACCCUGGUCCAUGGUGUUUGUCUCUUGCCUAGACAACCGCUGUAUUCUCCAACUGGUCCACCGCAUCCUUUCUCUGACAGAUAUUAACUAUCCUAGGUUUCCCCUUGCUGUAAACAAAGCUGUAAACGAUCUGGUCUCUUACCUGCUGUUUAGGCUCGUUUUGUAAUACUCGGGGCUCAGCUAACAGCCACCUUCAAGCCUCAUUAAGCACUCAUUUAUAAAUCAGGGCACUUAAGAGGGAAAGUAACUACAACUAUCACAAAUCUGGACCUUUUCUAGCCCAAGGCCUCUGCACAUGCCAUCCCCAACUUUGCCUUGCAAAAAUGACACCUACCCUUAGGCUCAACUGCUUUCUCAGGUUUCUUUGUCUUAGUCAACUCAUGCAUGGGACUUGUCUCACAAAGUAAGUUUUAUAUUUGCAAUGACAUUUCUGCCAUUCAACUCUCAGCUUCCAAAGGGAGGAACUGUUUUGCUCACCCUUGUGUUCCCACUUCCUAGUACAUUAUUGAAAAGUUCAAUAAAUUUUUUCAAUGCUCA